GAUAUUCUCCGCCUGCAGCCAUGGCGUUGUCUGAGUGGUACGCUGUGUUUCUAUGCCUCGCUUCUGUCUUCGGCGGUGUAUUUUGCUUUUGUCUAAGGAACAGGGGCACGCGAAAGGGCCGUUGGAUUAAAGGCUUGUUUUUUACGGUGAUGGCCAGAACGGAGAAACCGCUUUUCAAAUUUGCGUAUACUCUGUACACGAGAACAAAGCUUGGGUAUAUGUUCUACAAACGGCAGUUAAGAAAAGCUCGGGAAUGCUAUCCAUCUGGUCACUCAACAGUGCAACCAUUAAGCAUAAAUGAUGUGAAAAUUGUGCCCAUUCCUAUUCUGUCAGACAACUACAGUUAUCUCAUUAUAGACACGACAUCUAAUGUAGCGGUGGCUGUUGAUCCUGCUGACCCUCAGAUCGUUCAGGCAUGCCUUGAACAAGAAGGAGUGAAACUUGAAGCAAUUUUAUGUACACACAAACACUGGGACCACAGUGGAGGUAACAAAGGCCUAAAAAAGUUAAAUAGCUCCUGUCGAGUCUAUGGGAACGCACUGGACAACAUUCCUGGCCUUACAAAUCCGCUUUCUAAUGAAGAUUCAAUAGAAGUUGGAAGACUGCAUUUCAAGGCUUUCUUUACACCAGGCCAUACUGUUGGCCACAUGAUUUAUCUUCUUGAUGGGAAGUCCAUUGAUGGCCCUUCCAGUCUCUUCUCAGGCGAUCUUAUUUUCCUCUCUGGUUGUGGGAGAAUGUUUGAAGGCAGUGCUUCAACUAUGCUGGCAUCAUUAGACACUGUAGCUGGUCUGGGAGAUGAAACACUUAUGUGGCCAGGUCACGAAUAUGCAGAAGAUAAUUUAACAUUUGCUGCAGAGAUUGAGCCAGGCAAUGAUGCUAGAGAAAGCAAAUAUGUGUGGGUUUUACAGCAGCGAGAAAAGAAAUUAUGUACAUGCCCAUCAACUAUCCGAGAAGAGAAGGCGUACAACCCGUUCAUGCGCAGCCAUUCCUCUGACCUUCAUCAAGCUUUGGGACUUCGACGUGAGCUCGAGGAAGACUGGAAUCACUUCAGAGCAAGAGUUCUUGAGGAAGUGCGCAGGCGAAAGGAUGUUUAUAAAAGCAGAUAGUGCUUAUCAUGUGCAGAGCCGCAGUUGCACCUUUUGUGAAAGGGGAAAAGCCUGGGAUUCAAAGGCUGAUGGGAAGUCCCUGUGCACGAAUUUGAAGUGGACUUCUUUGUCACGUUGACUUGGUGAGGAUUCAUACCUAAAGAAUGAGCAGGCUGAGACUGAUCUGCGGGGGGAUUUUUGAACCGAAUGCGAGGAGGACAUUUAGAACAUUUUUAGCUUCUCUUUGUCUCGUUGUUUUCACAGCUGAAAAUGGUCUUCCUAUUUAAAAUAUCAUGGUACUGUGGGAGGAAAACUGUGGAUGUUUGUUUGAAUAUGGUUCAUAUUCAAGCCUGCAAGAAAAUAAAGUAGCAAACUCUCUAAGGUGAUUUCUUUAACCAGUACGUAAGGAUUAGUAAUUUCUCAAGUUCAAGUUUUAAUUACACCAGAGUUACAAAACAAAAAAAAGAAAACUGCUACUUAACACUAGCCUUUAAGCACUUCUGUGAAUUAUGAUUUUUUUUUUAAAUGCACUUCAAGACUUGAAACUGCACUUAAAUGUAGCUAUUGAAUUUUAUAAUAAAACCUAUGCACUGCACAACAAAAAAAUGUAAUCAUCGCUUCCUAAAGACAACAGAAGUAAAACUUCUCAAAUUAUUCUUAUGCAACUUUCAGUGUUUUUAAAUGUACAAUGUGGUCAGUAGCAGAGGCGGAAAUAGCAGAACCGUGUUUCAUGUGAUGAUGUAUAAGUCUUAGUAAGAUAAUAAAGUGUAGACAGUUAAAAAAACAAAACAUUCAACUAGUAAGACAAUAAAGCAUAGACUGUAAAAAAAAAACAAACUUGUGUGAGCAGAUCAUGUUGGUGCUCACAAGACGCACACUGGGAGUGAAGUUCUGCUCUGAGGCAGUAGGCCGCGUUCCUUGCUUUUCUGUUUAGAUGAAUCUUCCAACCACAAACCUUGCCUUGAAUUCUUUGCAUCUUUUUUUGUGAUGCAGUAGAGAGAUGGUGGUUUGUGAUUUCCCCCAAAAUCUGGACUAUUCUUUCCUGUAGACUUGUGUUUUGAAACAGAUAUUUUAGUUUUCUCUUUUCAAUAUUAGUUUUUAGGCCUCUCUACUUGGAAAAGUUAAAGACAAUGUUGUUUCUGUGAAGAAAAUUACUGUGAACAAAUUUUAGUAUAACUGGAAAUUUCUUCUAGAGAUUUUAUUUUAUAUUUGUUAUGUAUAGUACUAAUUACACUGGAAUAUUGUGGGGACAAGUAAGUAUACUUUUUUGAAAUUAAAAAUGGCAAAUGAAUAAAAUCCUGAAAUAAU